UAAUUGGAAUCUCCUUCUGCCCGAACCACACACUCCCUUCAUCAUUUGGUCUGUUUCCUUUUAUAUUCCUUACAACCCGGCAGUGUUGUCGUCUCUCUACGGUUGUUGUUUGAUCACAGGUCGUCCUUGAUCGUGCAGUCCUAUCGUCACAACCCAUCUAGCCAUUUUCUAAGAUCGUAUCUCGGUGAUUUGAGGAAGAUUUGGUUCCUAUUUUUAACAGGUCCAACAACCAUGUCGAUUCACUCUUAUUCAUUCCUUUUGUUUGUUCUCUUUCUGCCGGUAAUGGUUUGUUUUUGUACACACAUCAUCGAGAGUGUGAUGUGACACAAGUAAAGAUAUUAAUUCCUCCUAGGUAUGGUAAAAUCACAUUUAAAACGUGGUUAUCAGCUUACAUUGAGCAUACCAUUCUAGCCACGACCAUCUCGUCUUAAUAGAAAACAUAACGCCACAUUAUCCAUUGUGCAGUUAUUUAUUUUUUCCUUUGUUAUAAAUAAAUUUACAGUGUGAUUUGAUAGAAAUUUGUCUAGUUUUUAGCAAGUCGAAUGAUCUCGCUAAAGUUCCCUCCCCCAGUUAGAAGCGGGUGUAAAAACUAGUUCAGCGUUCAUCAUUUCAACACGUCCAUACCUUAAGUCGAAGUGGCAUUGUACCAGUGACCAUUUCGGAGAAGUGCCAAAAUGAGCCAAAGGAAAUAAUUCUAUAAGACCUUCCAAACUAUAAAUCUGGAUAAAUUUAGAACUUCUAAUUCCUUGAAAUUAUCUCACCUGGUCUGUUGACCAUUGCCACUAGGUUUUACUUUUCCCUUCUUCUUCUGUUGACUAUUGCCACUAGGUUUUUCUUUUCCCUUCAGUUAAUUAUGUUUAUUUGGUUAUUGCGUUUCACUGCAUCAUCUCUUAGUUAAUCAAAAUUCAUGACAUUGACGCAUUUGAAUUACUUCCUUUGCUUCAUUUUAUUUUUAAACCAUGUAUAAAGUAAACCGUUAUGAUUCCAUGCAUUAAAGAAAUAUUAGAUCGACGCCUGUACUCGACUGAUACAUUUAUUUUAUUAAUCCCGGAAGAAUGAAAGGAAAGAUUGAUCUGAGUAACUUUUGAUCAUCUCAGAAUUUUGUAAAAAUUUAUGUCAGCUAAUCAAACAGUCUUGAGUAGAUUCUACUUUACUGAUGAAGUCUAACAGACUAAAACGUAUCCAUAGUUGUCUCCCCUUGGUGGCAAAGCUCUGUUCCUUCUCACAAGCAAACAAGUUACCAUAAUUUACUAAUGUAUAAGUCACACUCAAGUAUAAGCUGCAUCCCUAGUUUGACAUUAAAUCAUGGUGCAAAUCUUUUUUCCUUCAUAGUUUUGCUGUUUUGAAUCAGUGCGUGACCCUUCCAUUCUUCAUGUGGGUUGCUGCUGAAGGAAUUACCAUUCUGUAUGGCUGGAAUAGGUUAAAGAUUCUCUGUACUUUCCUGAGCAACCAUGGUAAUGUUCAAGACAUUUCUACUGACUCUGCUUCCAUUGCUGCUAAUGUGUACCAUUGUUCACAUUGGAUUCUUUGACAAUGUUCCAAUGGAGCUUGGAAAUAAAUAUUAUGCUGAAAUUCCAAGUAUGUUAAUCUUUGUCCCUAACUGGAUGACAAUGCCAUUUAACACCUUGGUUAACUUUGGUUAUGCCAUUGUUGGCGCCAUGUGGCUGGCAAUAACAUCAAAUUACAUUGAUUGCAACGUCUUUACCGAAACGCAGUCAUUUCUUUUCUAUAUAUUUAACUGGAUGGCACUGUUUUAUUCUCCCAUACAGUUACUAAGAAUUCUCACUCAGAUACAUGCUUUUGCUGUUUUGGAUCAGUGGGUGACCCUUCCAUUCUUCAUGUGGGUUGUUGUUGAAGGAAUUACCAUUCUAUAUGGCUGGAAUUGGUCAAAGGCUCUCUGUCUUUGUACACUUUCCAUUUUGAGUUACUUCUUAGUUCUUCUACCAAUUCCUGGAUUUGAGAUCUCUCUUAUUUUGCACAUUGCCGCUGCACUUCAUGUUGCCAGACUUUUGUACAACAAAUUUCCAAAUGAAAAAUCAAAGAAUUUCUUCAUAAAAGCUUUCAUUUCUUGUUUAGGAUUUAUAUUUUUGAAAUUGCUUGACCUCCAUUUGGGGAAUUUACAUUUAGCUUUCAAAUAUCUCUCUGGCCAUUUCUUGUCCAAGAUCUGUGAUAUUCUUCAAAUUCACUACGUCAAUCUGUUUGUGCUAAACAUAGUUCUCAGACAGAACAAAGAUGCCAAAAAGAAAGCUGAAUAAUAAGUUUUUAUUUUAUUUUGCGAAACCAGUGGAAAUGAUUACAUUAAUUAAAAUAAUCAUGA